AUGCCUGGAGGUACCAAUGUAUCACGUCCUGUGGAUGAAAGUCGCAGCGGAGCGGCUUUAUCUAAAGUCAUCGAUCUUACCGAGGACGAUGAGAGUGACGAGAAGGUCAGAGUGAAGCGCCAGGAAAGCCCCAAGAGAAUCUUCGAGAAAUGUGAUAAGAAAAUCAUCGAUUUGUCAUUAUCGUCCGAUGAUGAACCUUUUCCGCUAGCAAUAUCAGAAGGAAAGAUGAAAUCAGCCAUAUUGCAAGAAAAUGCGCCCGUUAAAACAUCAGAAAAGCCUCCAUCAAAGGUACCAAAUUAUCGAAACGGAGGAACAUAUAGCCUUUUGUCGGAAGGUGAAUCCGACCACGAGCCUCGUAUACAAGUACCAACAUUUCUUUCAAAGCAAAACUGUGGCAUCAGUAGCAAUGAUGGUAUGACUAAAAUUUCAUCUUCGAGGCCAAAACCUAAUGGCGCCGAGGCGGAAAGCAUUGUUCCCUCUCCCCGACAAAACUACACUGCCCGCAAGACAGCACACCGAAAAUCCAACUCGGGAUCAGUUGGUUUAGUAAGCUCCAACUUAACACGAGAGAGAGAGGCAUCUACGUCUAGCUCAGCAAGACCAACACCAGGAGAAUUAAAAACUUACGUGACCUCGUCAAGGCCAGUAUCUACUUCCAACACUUCUAUUAUUGUGGGCGAGCAGUCAAGUUUGAAGGCUAGGGCAACUUCAACAGCCGACGCUUCACUGCCGGUUGCUGCCACUGCGAGGGAAAAUGGAACCCGCAUGUCACCUUUUGUCAACCCUGUUUCACCAAUCUACGUGAAUGAUCUUUUUUCGAGGAAAGGUGGUCUUGGAAGUCAUAACGACAAUGAAUCGUUGAAGGACCUUGAUUCACGUAAGGAGAAAGAUCUCUUGCAGAGUUCGCGUAUGGAGGGAGAAGCAAUGUAUAACAAAUCAAUCGCAAAGGAAGACAACCACUCGAGUCGACUAAUUUCAAAAGAAGCCUCUCAAGCCAGACGUGAAGUAGCAGGGAGAGGCACAGAUGAUGUUACAUCGGCUAGAGCAAGGAACCGGGACAUUGUUAGGGACGCUGCCGCUGAACAUAAAAAUCACAAUAAGGGAAUUACAGAAAGGAGAGUUGCAAGCAGACAGAAAUGA